GGGCUAGCUGUGUCCAUUUUUGGCUCAUUUGAUUCAGCCAAACUUGGGACUGGGGCGAGCGCGAUCCUUCGCUGUGGUCCUUAGAAGGUCUAAAAUGCCUAAUAUUUCACUGUCCCUAUCCCCCAGGGGUAGUUUUUCAAUGGAAAAUGGCGGCAGAAACACGAAGAGCUUGAAUUGAUCUUUAUUUUGGUAUAUUACUCUUAAUACAAAUGGAUAUUGAUUCUUCAGAUACGACAGUCAUUAGCUCUCCGGUUCCAGAAAAUGCUCCCAACGAACCUGAGGAUACUCCACUUACAACCAAGCGAAAGGGACGUUUUAACAUCGCUUUGUAUUCGAAACGAAGAAAACUUAUCAUGGAAGAGCUUGUAGACGAAAAGCUAGCAGCAGAUGUCAAAGUGAAAAGCCUGCAGAAUAAAAUCAACUAUCGUAAGCGCAAGGCUGAUGAUCUAGAAACACUGGUGCCUGCACCGAAGCAACGACCAAGAAUGCCUAACACAGAGAGUAUGAUCUGCAAAGAAAAUAGUGAUCAUAUUAAUUUAUCUAAAGCUCAAAGUCAAAGAAGAAGAAAAGCAACACUUAGGGCUUUAAAGCCUAUACACUGCAAUCAAAGAUCAACUGACCAAACCCCAAUUAUGAAUGGGAUGUGGUCAACGCUGAUAAAUGAAAACCCAACACAGGUCAUAGAGUCCUUAAUGACAACUUCAAAGGUCUGCACUACCAAAGUCAUUCCUAGCAUUGUAAAGAAUAAUGUGACAAAGUAUGAAAAAAGUCAAGAGAACUUUGUACGAAGCACAGCCCUGCUUUACAAGGGGGGUUUACUAACAAAAACCAAGUACAAGGAAUUAAGGAAAGACAAAGCAGACUUUAUGCAAGGAGUGUCAGUACCGCGACCUGUAGCUUAUGAUAGGUUGAUGUCAUACAUAAAAGGAAUAAACAUGGGGGAUGUGUAUGAUCUCCAAGAUUUUGCUGAACAGAAAGGGAAAUGUCCAGUACAUGGAGUCUAUCGGUCUUUGGAGACCUUGCUUUUAAGGCUAGCUGACAUGUACUUAAUGCUAAAUGAGCACUCCAACAUCCUUCAUUGGUUUAAUGACCAAAAAGGAAAAUUCAUUGUGGCAAUUGGGGCUGAUGGAGCCCCUUUUGGCAAAGACGAGACAGCAACUUCAUAUUUAGUGAGUCUUUUAAAUGUUUUAGAAGGGGUACAAAGUUGUGACCACAACUACUUAUUAAUGGGAGGGAAUUGUGACGAAACUCAUGAACUGAUGUACGAGUAUACCAAACAUGUUAUCAAGGAAAUGGAAGAGAUAGAAGUGAAGGAAUAUGAGGUGCGUGGUAUCAAGAUAUCAUUUCAAUGCAGACUUAUUCCCAGCGACCAGAAAUGGAUGGCGAGUAUGUCUGGAGAAUUAAACAAUGCUGCGACCUACUUUUCAACGUUUGCCAAUGUCUCGAAGAGUAAUAUGAAGACCAUAAAUGGUAAAAUUGGCCAUGACUCAAGCAGCACUUGGAAAAAAUGGGCAUAUGAGAAAAGAUUGAAGGAUGCAGAAUCUGUCAAGUCAUUCAAAGAGAAGAACAAAAUUCCAGACGGUUCGAAAGCCAAUAACCAUCGAAAAAAAAUAACUGAGUACAUUGCAUCUAACAACUCAAGACAAGAGUUCUAUCCUCCACUAGGGAAAUUUGUUAAGUACCUUUACCCAGAGCCUCUUCACAACAGCAACAACGCAUGGCAGCAAUGGAAUUUAGAUGUUUUAAACACUGCCAUACAUCUAACCAAUAAAGCUGACAUCAACAAAGCUAAUGGGAACAUUACACUUUUGCCAAAGCAUUCAGCACUGGCAAAAUACAUGAGCUUGCUCAAAGACACCAUUAAGGCUGGAAGACUCUACAAGAAGGUGGAAAGAUGA